AUGCGUAAUGAGGAUUUGGUCCCAUACCACUUUGUGGUGCUAAAGUUAGCUCAAAAUUUUAAGGGCUUCUUUAUCGGACACAUUCCAAGGGUCCGUAACGCCUAUGCAGAUGCCUUACCUUCACUAGCAACUUCACUGGCAUUGCCACCAAAGGCAGAAACAAAGAUACUCGUGGCAGGCCAUGAUUUGUAUCACCCUAAGUUCCCUCUAGGAAAUCGCUCAGAAGAGGCAACAACAGAGAUCAUUUGUGAAGCUUCCACAAGUCUUGAACAAAGUGAUUGGCGAUUCCCAUUCAUCGAUUAUGUCUUGCACGACAUCCUACCCGAUGAUUCUAAAGAAGCGGCCGCCGUCAAAUGGAAGGCCCUUCGAUUCUAUUAUGAUGCGACAUCUCGAACUUUGUAUCGAAAAUCAUAUGAUGGAGUUUUACUUCGCUGCCUUUCUAGAAAAUGUUAG